AUGGGAUGGAGCGCACGCGGAGUCAGGUUGGACUCGGCCAAGGCGCUGCCCUUCCUCGCCGCGCUCCUCAUCGUGCCCUACUUCUUCUACUGCCGCUCGGACGGCGAGCGGCUCGGGGGCGCCGAGGCGCGGGGCGUGCAGCCGCGCAGCCUCCCGGAGGAGCGCGCCGUGGCCGCGUCCGACGCCUGCGGCAGGAAACGCUUCCCGCGGGCCAUCAUCAUCGGCGUGAAGAAGGGAGGGACCCGCGCCUUGCUCGAGUUCCUCCGCAUCCACCCGGACGUCCGAGCCGUGGGAGCCGAACCGCACUUCUUCGACAGGUUCUACGGCAGAGGACUCGAGUGGUACAGGAACUUGAUGCCUCGGACCCUGGACGGUCAGAUCACCAUGGAGAAGACCCCCAGCUACUUCGUCACCAAGGAGGCGCCGAGUCGCGUCUGCACUUUGAACUGCCAAACCAAGCUCAUCGUGGUGGUCCGGGAUCCCGUGACCCGAGCCGUGUCUGACUACACGCAGACUCUCUCCAAGAACCCGGGGCUUCCCUCAUUCCAGAGCCUGGCCCUGAGGAACGCCUCGGCGGGAACGAUCGACACGUCGUGGAGCGCCGUUCGCAUCGGCCUCUACGCCAAACAUCUGGAGAACUGGCUUCGGUACUUCCCCUUGUCACAUUUUCUUUUUGUUUGCGGUGAGCGGUUGGUGUCAGAUCCCGCCGGGGAGAUGGGUCGGGUUCAGGACUUCCUGGGCCUGAAGAGAGUUGUUUCCGAGAAGCACUUCUACUUCAAUCAGACCAAAGGGUUUCCCUGCUUGAAGAAACCCGAGGGUAGCAGCAGGCCUCACUGUUUGGGGAAGUCAAAGGGAAGACCGCAUCCACGGAUUCCCACCGGGGUCUUGCAGAAACUGAGAGACUUCUACAGACCUUACAACCGACGCUUCUAUCAGUUGAGCGGACAAGACUUCGGAUGGGACUGACGGGAGAGGAUAGGCCAGACAAAAAAGCCUGACUCUGACUUUGUCUCAGGAACCGGACGUGAGGAUAUG